AUGCAUCUCAUAACUAUUAGUGACUUGGCAUUAUGGACCUUUCGAAUCAAAAAGAACUCCAACGCAUGCCUCUUCUCGGUGGCAUCAGCAUCACGUUUGAAGUUGGCAGCCUCUGAUUCAGGGUUACGUUUGUGGACCCCAGAUGGGUUUAUAUAG